GGGACCAUCUUACCGUCCCCAAUCUUAUCAAAACCUAGUCCUCUAAAGGUAGAUCUGGCUGAGCGUACCUCCAUCUUGCACAUCCUCAUCUUCACCUAAUUCUUCCAUUUCGUGCGUUGGUCAUGUCGAAUUCAGAACUUUCACCGGAAGAAAUCCCGGGAGAUUAUGGUUUCCCGUUCUUCGGUGCGAUAAGGGAUCGUCUCGAUUACUUCUACUUCCAAGGUAAAGAUGAGUUCUUCCGCAGCCGGAUGCGCAAAUACCAGUCAACGGUCUUCAAGGCCAACAUGCCGCCCGGCCCAUUCAUCUCCUCGAACCCCAAUGUCGUCAUCCUCCUCGACGCAAUCAGCUUCCCUGUCCUCUUCGACAUGUCCAAGGUCGAAAAGAGGAACAUGCUCGACGGCACCUACAUGCCCUCCACUGCCUUCACCGGCGGCCACCGUGCUUGCGCCUUUCUCGACCCGUCCGAGCCCAAUCACACCAUCCUCAAGCACUGGUUCUUGUCCCUUCUUGCGGCUAAGCGCGACAUGUUCAUCCCGACCCUCAGGAGCUGCUUGACGGAUCUCUUUGUUGGCCUAGAAGACGAGCUAUCAAGCAAAGGGAAAGCACACUUCAACUCCCUCAGUGACAAAUUGUCCUUCGACUUUGUGUUCAGGCUAUUAUGUGACCACAGGCCCUCCAGCACAAUUCUAGGGGCCAAAGGGGCAAAGAUGUUCGACCUAUGGAUAUUUCUCCAACUUGCCCCAUUGUUGUCCCUAGGGUUUAAGAACAAGGUCCUAAAUUUCUUGGAAGAUGUCAUUUUGCGCACUUUCCCACUACCUCCACUCUUAAUUAAAUCUUCUUACAAGAAGCUUUACGACGCGUUUAGCGAGCAUGCGACUUCAAUCUUAGAUGAAGCUGAGAGGCUAGGAAUUAAUAGGGACGAGGCAUGUCACAACCUAGUGUUCCUUGCCGGGUUCAAUGCCUAUGGUGGCAUGAAAGCCACACUGCCCAUUUUGAUCAAGUGGGUCGGGUCGGGAGGGGAGGAUCUGCACCGCCAGCUCGCGAGGGAGAUCCGAUCGGCCGUCAGAUCGGAAGGCGGGGUAACUCUUGCAGCCUUGGACAAGAUGAGCUUGACCAAGUCGGUCGUGUAUGAAGCUCUCAGGAUCGACCCUCCAGUCCAGUUCCAGUACGGGAAGGCAAAGCGAGACAUGGUGGUCCGGAGCCACGACGCGGCCUUCGAGAUCAAGAAGGGCGAGAUCCUCUUCGGGUAUCAGCCGUUCGCGACCAAGGAUCCGAAAGUCUUCGAUGACCCGGAGGAUUUCGUGGGCCACAGGUUCGUGGCGGAGGGAGAGAAGCUGUUGAAGUACGUCUACUGGUCGAACGGGCGUGAGAUUGAUGAUCCGACGGUGGCGAACAAGCAGUGCGCAGGGAAGGAUCUGGUGCUGCUCACGUGCAGGGUUAUGUUGGUGGAGUUGUUCCUCCGUUACGAUGCGUUCGACGUCGAAUGUGGGACCUUGCCUGUGGGUUCAUCCGUGACGUUCAAGUCGUUGACCAAGGCGUCGGGUUGUUGACCGUGUGUCUAUUGCU